AUGACACAAGACAUCGCAGAAGCCAUGGGCCGGCUGCAUCUAGCCGAGUCCCCCUCCAUCGACGACAUUCUCUUCAGCCAGGCUCCCCGCAAGCGCCGCAAGCAGGACCCGGCCAGCCUCAAGGCCGAGCUCGAGAAGAAGCACCUCUCGCCGUCCACAACCUUCUCCGCCGAGUGGCUCAACAAGCUGCAGCAGCGCUGGGACUGCCAAACCGACCAGACUUUCCUCUUCAAGAUCGCGCCCACCCAGACGCGCACCGUCACCCGGUUUCUGCGCCAAGGCCUCGAGGGCAGAGUGACGGGCUACAAGAAUGUCACGGUCCCUGCGACGAGUGCGACCGCCAAGAACUCGACCUCGCUCCUCCGGAAGCCCGCCAACAGGGCCGAUUUCGUGCGAGGCGCAGCUGGCUACUUCCCCUUCGCACCUGGUGGCCUGGAGGGCAUCGAAGCCGCCGCGGCCUUUGAGGACCAGGUGCUUCGCUCAGGCGGCGCCGAGGCUUCUCGCAGCUCCAACAAGCUCGAGCGGGUGAUCAAACUAGGCGCUGAAGGAGGGCUCCUGGAGGUCGCCCCCGGGCUGGAGCACGGCAUCGACUUCUCCAAGAAGAAGACUGGCGGCGACGAGGCAGAAGCCAAGGCUGUGGAGAACGAGCUGGACCGGGAACCCGAACAAGUGGCAGAGGACCAGGCGCCGCAGCAAGACGGAGGAGAUGCCACGGACAGCAGCACGCCAGAGGCGGAGUCUCGGGAGGAGGACGGAGAGGACAUCGAUGCCCUGCUGCCCGUCGAGUUCCCAGCCCUCGAGCCUCGAGGCACGCUGGCCGCGUCCAGCGCUAGGAAAGCAGGUCGCGAGUGGGCUCACAUGGUGGACAUCCAGAAGGGCAUACCCAACUUCCGCGAGCUGGUCCCUGACAUGGCCAGAGAGUGGCCGUUCGAGCUCGACAACUUCCAGAAGGAGGCCAUCUACCACCUCGAGAACGGCGACUCGGUAUUCGUGGCCGCGCACACCUCGGCAGGCAAGACUGUCGUUGCGGAAUACGCCAUCGCGCUGGCUGCCCGGCACAUGACCAAAGCCAUCUACACCUCGCCCAUCAAGGCUCUCAGCAACCAAAAGUUCCGCGACUUCAGGAACACCUUUGACGAGGUCGGCAUUCUCACCGGAGAUGUCCAGAUCAACCCCGAGGCCAGCUGCCUGAUCAUGACGACGGAAAUUCUUCGAAGCAUGCUGUACCGCGGAGCCGAUCUCAUCCGGGACGUGGAGUACGUCAUUUUCGACGAGGUCCACUAUGUCAACGACUUUGAACGCGGCGUCGUCUGGGAGGAAGUCAUCAUCAUGCUUCCCCAACACGUCUCGCUCAUUCUUCUCUCCGCUACGGUGCCGAAUACCUACGAGUUCGCCUCGUGGGUAGGCCGGACGAAGCAGAAGGACAUCUAUGUCAUCUCCACCCCGAAGCGACCCGUUCCUCUCGAGCACUACCUCUGGGGAGGCAAGAACAUCCACAAGAUUGUCGAUUCGAGCAAGACUUUUAUAGAGAAGGGCUGGAAGGAGGCCAACAACAGCAUACAAGGCAACGAUAGGCCCAAGGUUGCCCAAACGGCCCCUACCGGCCGCGGCGGUGCGAGCCAGCGUGGCGGAGGACGUGGUGCUCCACAGAGAGGCGGCCAGCGAGGUGGCGGCCGGGGCGGAGGGCAGCAGAGGGGCCGCGGCGGCCCUCCUCGAGCAAGCGCCACGCCCGGACACAUGGGCAGGACUGGCCGGCAAGGCGGCUUCACUUCUGCGGCGCAAGACAAGACCCUCUGGGUCGGCAUCGCGCACUUCCUCAAGAAGUCGACGCUUCUGCCGGCUUGUAUUUUCGUCUUCUCAAAGAAGCGCUGCGAGGAGAACGCGGAUGCUCUGAGCAACCAGGACUUCUGCACCAAGGACGAGAAGGGCGCCAUUUACCGCAUCUUCCAACAGUCAAUAGCCAGGCUGAAGGAGGAAGACAGGAAGCUGCCGCAGAUCGAGCGCCUGCGGGACCUGACCUCCCGAGGCAUCGCGGUACACCACGGCGGCCUGCUCCCGAUCGUCAAGGAGCUAGUCGAAAUCCUGUUUGCCCAGACACUCGUCAAGGUUCUGUUCGCUACGGAGACCUUUGCCAUGGGCCUGAACCUGCCCACGAGGACGGUCGUCUUCUCCGGGUACCGCAAGCACGACGGCCACUCGUUCCGCAACCUGCUCCCCGGCGAGUACACUCAGAUGGCCGGUCGUGCCGGUCGCCGUGGCCUCGACACCGUGGGCUCGGUCAUCAUCGUGCCGCCCGGCGGCGACGAGGCCCCCCCGGUGGCAGACCUCCAGAAGAUGAUCCUGGGCGAGCCGUCGAAGCUGCGGUCGCAGUUCCGGCUCACCUACAACAUGAUCCUCAACCUGCUCAGAGUCGAAGCCCUCAAGAUCGAGGAGAUGAUCAAGCGUAGUUUCUCCGAGCACGCGACGCAGCAGCUCCUGCCCGAGCACGAGAAGGCUGUCAAGGUGUCCGAGGCAGACCUGGCCAAGGUCAAGCGGGACUCGUGCGAGAUAUGUGACGCCCACAUGGACGAGUGCCACCAGGCAGGCGAGGACUUCAAGCAGCUGACCCACGAGCUGUAUCGCGGGCUGCUGACGUUCCCUGUCGGCCGCAAGAUGUUCACGCCGGGACGCCUGAUCGUCUACAACAGGGACGGAAUCCGCCGAGCCGGCAUCUUGCUGUCGGAGGGCGCCAGCGUCAAGAGCCAGGCCGACGACCCGACGAUCCACGUGAACGAGAUCCGCCUGUCCAGAGACGCGAGAGAUUCUACUGACAUCCUCCCGUUCCUCUCGGCGUUCCGGGCCUUCCUCACCCCUCUGCCCAAGGCGAAGAAGCACAUCCAGACCAAGACCCUGCACGUGUCGCUGAGCGACGUCGAGUGCCUGACCAAGACGAUCCCCAAGGGCAUCAUCCCGGACAUCUUCCAGGGAGGGGAGGGGUACCAGCGGGCCAAGGACAAGCUUCACAACCUGUGCAAGUCCUGGGCCACGGACAUCUGGGAGGAGAUGGACAUGUCCAAGAUCCGCAGCCUGGCGCUGCAGGAGGUCAUGGAGAAGCGGCGCAAGGCCGAGGCGGCGGCGUCCAGGUCAGCGGCUCUGGGCUGCGGGCAGUUCGUCAAGCAUUUCGCCAUGUGCCACGACCAGUGGCUGAUCAAGGAGCACAUCCAGCAGCUCCGCCAGUCGCUCGCCGACCAGAACCUGCAGCUGCUGCCCGACUACGAGCAGCGCAUCCAGGUGCUCAAGGACCUGUCGUUCAUCGACGACGCCUCGCGCAUCCAGCUCAAGGGCAAGGUGGCGUGCGAGAUCCACUCGGGCGACGAGCUCGUGCUCACGGAGCUGAUCCUCGAGAACGUGCUGGCCGACUACGAGCCCGCCGAGAUCGCGGCCCUGCUGUCGGCCUUUGUCUUCCAGGAGAAGACGGACAGCGUGCCGGCGCUGACGGCCAACCUCGAGCGCGGCAUGAAGACGAUCGUCGAGAUCUCGGAGAAGGUCAACGCCGUGCAGACGCUGCACCAGGUGAUCCAGUCGAGCGAGGAGAGCAACGACUUUGUGUCCAAGCCGCGCUUCGGCCUCGUCGAGGUCGUGCACGAGUGGGCGCGCGGCAUGAGCUUCAAGAACAUCACGGACCUGACCGACGUGCUCGAGGGCACCAUCGUGCGGACCAUCACGCGCCUCGACGAGACGUGCCGCGAGGUCAAGAACGCGGCGCGCAUCAUCGGCGACCCGGAGCUGUACGCCAAGAUGCAGACGGCGCAGGAGAUGAUCAAGCGGGACAUCACGGCCGUGGCGAGUCUUUAUAUGUAG